GUUUGUACAUGCCACUAGUAAAAUGGCGACUGGAUGUGGUGAUGGUGCAGAGAAUUGCAGUCCUCGUGAUCCCGUCAGAUCAUGGUUUUUAAAAAUACACGAUACAAUAUCUAUGGCAGUUGCGUCAAGGCCUAAUGUUGAUAAAAAAUCAUUUGAAAGAGCAUGGAGGGAAAUCGAAAAAGUUGGAAAACUAUGUCAAAAUCCCAAACUAACUUUAAAAAACAGUCCGCCAUUUAUGUUAGAUAUUUUACCAGAUACAUUUAAUCAUUUAAAAACAAUUUAUCAUCAUUAUGAAGAUAAAAUUCAUGUUUUAAAUGAGUUUGAAUAUUUUAAAAUAUAUCUUGUAAAUCUUGAUUGUAAAUGCAAGCUUGUUAUAAAACUUUUUAGAGACAGUCGUGAUAAAAUAUUUGACGAACGUGAUAAUUCACGUAGAAAACUAACAAAACUGAGUCUUAUAUUUAGCCACAUGCUUGCAGAUUUAAAAGCAAUGUUUCCAAACGGUGUUUACAUUGGUAAUAAAUUCAAAAUAACUAAGGCAGAUGCAGCAGAGUUUUGGAACAAAGCAUUUGGAAGCAAAACAAUUGUGUCAUGGAAAACAUUUCGUGAACAUUUACAAGAAGUUCAUCCGAUAUCUUCAAAUAUAGAAGCAAUAGCCUUAAAAACCACAAUUGAUUUUGUUGUCAAUGAGCAUGUUUCAAUAUUUGAAUUUGAUGUGUUUACUCGUCUUUUUGCCCCGUGGUUUAGUAUAAUUCAAAACUGGAAUUUAUUAGCUGUCACUCAUCCUGGAUAUUUAGCAUUUUUAACAUAUGAUGAAGUUAAAGAGUCUCUUUCAAAGUUUAUGCAAAAGCCUGGCAGCUAUAUUUUUCGAUUAUCGUGUACACGUUUGGGGCAAUGGGCUAUUGGCUAUGUCACUCCUGAUGGCACAAUUUUGCAAACUAUUCCACAACACAAAACAUUAAUGCAAGCUUUAGUUGACGGUGCACGUGAUGGGUUUUAUUUGUAUCCAAAUGGCAAUGACACUAAUCCUGAUCUGCAACCUUUUUUGGUUGAAGCAGCUGAACAACAUAUUCAAGUAACAGAAGAGCAAUAUGAAAUAUAUGUUGAGAUGGGUUCAACUUUUCAACUUUGCAAGAUUUGUGCUGAAAAUGACAAGGAUACCAAAAUUGAACCUUGUGGACAUCUAGUCUGCCACCUGUGCCUCCAACACUGGCAGGAAGGAGGACAAGGUUGCCCUUUUUGUCGUUCUGAUAUCAAAGGAAUAGAAAGUGUUGUUAUUGAUGCUUAUGCCCCUCGAUUUAAACAGCAACAAUCAAUGUUAGAACAAAAUUCACUUCCAAAACACACAAAUCAAACAAGUUUCAAACCAGUUAAUGAGACAGACCAAAACCAAAAUGAUAAAAAAUUUAUCAAUGAUUGUGACAAUAAAACUAAUGAGACGGGUACAACCACUCAUCGUCAGGCUGCCAGUUCUGCUACAUCUCAAUCAUCAUUGUUUUCACACACCAAUAAAAAUGAUGUGUUAAAAAACCACAAUGUAGUUGGAGCUCAUGCCACUGAUAAAGUGUUGUUUUUGGGAUCAUUUAAAAACUCUUCGAAUUCUUCUACUAACAAUCCUCCUGUGAUAUUGAGUCCUCCUCCUGUUCCAGAUAGAGCUCCUACAUUCGAAAAAAUAUGGUCUAAGGCUGCAACGCCUAAGGGUAGUCCUCGUUGUUCCCCGCAUCAUUCACCCAAUAUGUCACCCAAUAUGUCACCUCAUAGCUCUCCUAAGUCUAAAAAAAAAAAUUUGUUAGAUUCAACUGCUGAUGCCUACCCUAGAAAGCCUAAACCGUAUGAUGGAAAUUUAUCAUCAGUAAAAAAUUUGCAUUCGGUUGAAACUGAAAUUCCACCAGUUCCAAUGAGAAAGAAAGAACUACUUUCUCAGCCUGAUACGGUUCCUCCAAAAUCAACAAAUCGUCAUUCUUUCACAGAGAACGAUAAAAUUAAGUGGAAUGAAUCUAAUUUGAAACAAACUUCGCCUCUUAGACGAGCUAAAUCAGACGAUGCUCUUGAUCGCUCAACUGAAUUUGAUAAUGUGGAGCCAAUACCAGCAUCUAGUUAUGAUCCAGAAUUGAAUAUUAAACAGUAUGACUCUAUUUUUAACCCAGAUCCUUUUCUUUUUCCAAAGUCAAAUUCCUUUAUGACAUCUAAUAAACCGUUGCAUUCGUCGUUAGAAUCACGUCAAGAUGAAGAGCAUGUUAUUUCCGAAUCCCCAACAUUUACCUCCAGUGAAGAAGCUUUAGACGUUUCUCAAUUACGAACUUUAGAACCAGCAUCUAGGACACAUGAUAAAAAACAUCAAAGAAGCAUAAGCGAUAGUGAAGCCUCGUCAAAAAAGUUAUCGUUUCAAAAAAGUGAAGGGGAAACGUCAGUAAGAAAGUUCUCAGAAAAUCCUUUUCACGAGAAUACUUCAAAAGUAGUGGCAAAGGAUCCCUCUUUAACAAUUUAUGGGUGUUCUAGUGAUGAUUUCUUAGACGCUUUAAAUGAAUCAAUAAAAUCAAAAGAAACAUCUACUUGGCGUAGCGAUGUUUCUCAUUGUAACAAUACAUUAAAUGAAGCGGAUAAAGGAUAUAAAGAAAUUUUAGGAGAUAAUGACCUUUAUAAUCUAAACGCAAAACCAUCAAACGUCACAGUUCCAAGUGCUUCAACAUUGAAUUCUGGUGCUAAUGAACAAUCUCCUUGUUUCUCUCAAAUAAAACGAAUUACCGAUACUACUGAUUCAGAUACUUCCAUAGCGACUAAUAAAUUACUACCGCCUGUUCCUCCUCACCGUAAAGAGAACGUUGGUGAAGAAUUUCAUACUUCUGCUGACAAUGAGUUCCUAACUAAUACUCACAGCACAGAGGAUAACUUCCAAUCUCUAAUUUUACAAGGUUAUUCGCCAAAAGCAAUUAAAAAAGCUUUAAUGAUAUCAGACAAUAAUUAUAAAAUUGCGAGGAAUAUUUUAAAAGAAUUUGCUCCUGUAAAAAAAAACUAACUUAGUUAUGUUAUUUAAAGAAUUAGACGCUAAAAUAAUUGUAAAUUUUCUCAAUCAGUUCCAUAAUUUUUACUUAGAUAACGCAACAUUAUCGGAAAACCUUGUGACUGGUUAAUUCCGCAAAUUUGUAAUUUUUUGUUAAUUAUGUGAAUUUAUAUUUUUUAUAGUUCAAAAUAAUGAUUCCAAAAAAAUGGAAAAAUGUAAUAUGAAUGUCUUUCUAAGGAUCUUUUUAUUUAUUGAAGAUUAAUUUGAUACUCGUUAAAAUUUCUAUAACAAAUUAAAUAUUCUCUUCAGUAUUUUUGUUUAAUUUCUAGAGGUUUUGUAAAUGAAAAAUCUAUUUAAUUUUUUUAUGUGUAUAUUUACGUCAUCUAAUCAAAUUCGUGGAUUUUGUUUUUUAACUUGUGUCUUACGUGUAUAUUUAUAAAUAUCGAGUUAAACUCGUGUACCAAGAUCGCUGAUUUGAUUUAGUUAAAAACAGUUACAGCAUACUGGUAAUUGAAA